ACGCAUCAAGCGUCACCUGCUCACGCAGAGAGCCUUCAAGGAGGUGGGCAUUGAGUUCAUGGACCUGUACAGUCACCUGGUUCCCGUCUACGACGUGGAGCCGCUGGAGAAGAUCACGGACGCGUACCUGGACCAGUACCUGUGGUACGAGGCAGACAAGCGCAGACUGUUCCCGCCGUGGAUCAAGCCGGCCGACACCGAGCCACCGCCGCUGCUCACGUACAAGUGGUGCCAGGGCAUUAACAACCUGCAGGACGUGUGGGACACGGCGGAGGGAGAGUGCAACGUGAUGCUGGAGUCGUUCUUCGAGAAGCUCUACGAGAAGAUCGAUCUGACGCUGCUCAACAGGCUGCUGCGUCUCAUUGUCGAUCACAACAUCGCCGACUACAUGACCGCCAAGAACAACGUUGUCAUCAACUACAAG